AAUGUACUCUGUGGUGAUUGUCAAUAAUGAAAUAAAUACGUGAUUAUAAUAAAAUUGUAUAUCUCUACCUACAAAACGCGACAAAAAGUGCAAAAGGCAAUAGUUAUAAGAUUCGUGGUUUCCAAUUAAUGAAGAAAUAGUGUGUUCUAGAAAAGAACCAAAAAGACUCUUAUAAACACAACUCGACCGUAUAUUCAUAUUCCACACAGAUUUUUGAUUCCACAUUAUUUUAAUCAUGUCGCAAAAUAUUAAAAUACUACCCGGUGCAACUGUGUGUGAAGACUGUACACUAGAUGGUGAUAUCACCAUAGGUGGUGGCACAGUAAUUCAUCCCAGAGUAACCAUCAUUGCCGAAGGAGGUCCUAUUAUUAUAGCUGAGUACUGUAUUAUUGAAGAAUACUCCACAAUAAUACACAAGAAAAGUGAUAAGCAAGAGAACCCUCCAAAACCGCUAUUUAUUGGGGCACACAAUGUAUUUGAAGUUGGCUGCAAAUUAGAAUCUCCAUUUGGUCAUGUUGGUGAAAACAAUGUUUUUGAAUGCAAAUCUUAUGUUGGUGUUGAUGUGAAAAUUGGUAGUGGAUGUGUAAUUGGUGCAGCAUGUCGGCUAACAGUUCCUCAGUCAUUACAAGACAACACAGUGAUCUGGGGUUCUGAACACCACAACAGGGAAGCAUUGGAGAAGCAACCAUCACAACUUUUGCAACUUGAUUUUCUUAGUAAAGUCAUGCCUAACUACCACCGGCUAAGAAAGCCGAAUUUACAUAAACGACAACCUUCGAGACAAUCUCAAGAAGUUGCAAAAGUAUAAAGCUGUAGAUAUUUAAAGAAGAUAUUACAGUGAUGAUAAUAAACUUAAAAAUAAUAUGAGCUGGCUUUUCUGCUUAUCGUAAGCUUAUUUUCACUACCAACAGCUGUGAUAUACAUAAUAAAAAUUAUUAUGAAACUGAAUUAUACUGAUUGUUUUUAAGUUCAUCAUUCAAUAAAAUUUAUCUCUUUAA